AGGAGAAGAAGAAGGAAGCGUCAACAAAUAAUUAAUCACUACGUGGCUGUAAACAUGGCUACAGGAGCGGAUCAGGUUGUUGGGAUGAGUCUGGUUCUGUUCAGCCUCCUGCUUUUCUCCUAUUACACCGUCUGGGUCAUAGUACUGCCUUUUGUGGACAGUGAUCAUCUCCUUCACAGAUAUUUCCUCCCUCGGGAAUACUCGGUCAUCCUGCCUGGAAUCGCUGCAGUCGUCCUGCUGCUGUGCAUAGGAGCCUUCACUGUCGUCGUCGUGUGGAAAAACCGUAAACCAAAGAAGGUGGACUGAAAUCCGGAUGUUUUUGGAGUUUCCUCUGCAGACUUUCUGACUGCCUUUAGUCCUGAAAGGAAAUCUGAUCUUUGGCUCCUCCUAGUGGUUGUUUCACAGAAGAUCGACUGUCCUGAUAGUUUGGAUCUUCUCAUCAUCGCAGCUUUUCUCCUCCCAGCUGUCAGAGAUGCAGCCUUCAACCCUCAGAGCCGAGAAAGAAUCAAAGAGGAAACAGGAAAGGCGCUAAAUAAACCCCAGACCAACGACCUCAGCAGGUUUAGUUUCUACGGUAAAUGUUCUGUAAUUAUUAGAUCUAAUGAGCUGAGGGACAAUGAACAUCAGUCGGACUGACGCUGAUGAGUUAAUGAUGAGAACUGAGCCAAUGUUUGUCCAACAUGGAGACCAAUCUGGUGUGGAAAUAGUUUCUAAAUGAAAAUGUCAGAAAAUAAUAAAGAAAUGUAAAAAAA